UGAAUUCCUAUCACAGCGUAAUCGGCUUUUCAGUAAAAUUGAAAGACGCCGAUGUCUUCUACAACAGUGGGCAGUUGAAGAAACGUGUUCCUUAAGGUCAUCCCCUAACAUGCACGUUUUUUUGCUUUAAUCUGGCGCAGCUUAGAGCAUUAAACCGUGGAAUAAAAGAAAAGAAUCACUCAGUCGUUAAAGCAUCAGAUUUCAUGGCAUGAUUUCUUUUCAAUUGCGCCAUGAUAAUCGAACAAUGCGCACAAAUCAACUAUUCUGUGAUUCGCGCAUUUAACAAUAAAUGUUUGACUGAGUGACAAAGUCUUUCUAUUUUAAUCGUAAUUAUUUCCUUUGAUCAAACACCAUUUCGUGACCUCUGCAUUAAGACUGACAUCCAUGUGAAGUUCCAUCACAUCGCAACUGAUUUCACAGCAAACACAUCCGCGAAUUUGAUACCGGCACAAGUUCCGUGGAAGCUUAGACGUUGUAGUUUUAAAGGAGCAAUGAGGACUGUAAGGAAGGCCACUCCAAUUCAUCAGUCUUCCCAACUCGAAGAACUACCAAAUCCUAAUAUUAUGCUACCGAGACGAUCGUCAUCUUCAUCGCAUCUACCUUCAUUGCGUGAGGGAUCUUCGGAUUGUAACGUGCCGUCAAGAAUUACAACACCUCAUGCCUUUUCAGACACUGAACAGGGAAAAACCGAAAUAAUAGCACUGGUGGGAUUGCCUUCACAUCCAAGACGAGGGAAGUUGUUCAAAUCGGCCUUAGAGAAAAGAAGCUCCCACGAAAACUCUUGGCUACCAAAUCUUAUUAAAAGAGACUUGAAAGAGAAUGUCCAACUACUGCCGGCGCCUUCAUCUGAAUGGGUAGAGAGAGUACAUCGCCCACAACACUACGAACUUACUAGAACAAUUUCACAUCCAGUCAUUUUUAACGAUGGAAAAUUUUCUCUCGUCACAAAAAUACAAAACGAUACAUGCUCUAACAGUUUGCCUCAACUCAACAACGGAGAGACUCCACGCAAAGGAACCGAAGAAAAACAUUCAGCUGACCUCAGAAGACAUAUCGAAAAAGAGGAGUUGGACUAUGAUUUAUUCACGACUAAAGCUGUAAUUUUGGAGCGCUUUUUAAACAGUCAGAGUUAGGUAUAUACACAUAUGUAUAUAUGUGUAUGAUCAGUAAAGUAUAAAUUAUUAAGGACACGAAAUUAGCCUGGUUGUCAUUUAUUUCAAGUGACAACAAAUAAUUCCGGGGUUAGAAGACAAGAUCGCGACUGAAAGUUAAAGAAUUAUAAACUAAAGAAAAAGAAAGACUGCAAGGAAGGCUUUACACGCGUUAAGGUAUUUAAUAUUUUGCUAUCAAUAAGAUAAUACUUGAUCUAUUAAAAAAGGGUGGUUUAUAGUUAUAAAUUAAAUAACUCAAUUCUCUUAUUGAAAAUGAUUUGACAUGAUGUAAAAUAUUAAAGUGUGAAAGUAUUUGUAUGAUUUGAAAUUGAAGUGAGAAAGCUAUUCUUAAAUAUUGGGAUGGAUAUUCUAAUAAAUGUUCAGAACUAUGAAAAUAUUUUGUUUUGUUGUUAACUUAAAACCUAUUGGGUUUUCCUAUUUUGUCGGUUCGCGUUUGUCCAUAUAUUCGAGUCAAAUCAAAGUUUUUUUAGGGUUAGCUUCGGUUUAGAUGGAAACCGGUUGGUUCUCGGAAUAAGACAAUUUUAGAAAGAUACCGUUCAGAUGGAUCAAACAAACAAACAAAAAAAAACAGAAAAGGAAACAACACUUUAAAGUUCAAAUGGAUCUCGACGCUGUCUAAAGUUCGCUUUUAAUUAAUAUUUAUUGAACCACUGUCUAAUUUGGAAAACGAGUGAUCCAUUUCGUGACCUUGCAGUCACGUUCAUGAAAGAUGGAAAAUUAUUUUUAACUCGGGGGGGUUUAAAUUAAAAUUCUUAUAGUGUGUCUCUUUCAUUUCAUCAAUACUCAUCAAAAGAAUAUAUCAAUCGUAACGAGUAUCUACGGGUAUUUUAAAGGAAUUCGUUAUCUGGAGUGACAGAAUGUCGGACAUUUGUGUCAUCUAUCAUUUUGCAUAUUUUGGAGUUGAAAUAAAUCAGCGCUAGACAAA